AGAUCGCCUUUGUGUGGGAGAAACCUGAGAGGCUAUAAGAAGGCUAAGAGCAGCGGUCGAGAAGUCAGUGCGACUUAAUUUUCAACGAGAAGAACAUCUGGAGGAGAAAUAAGGAGAGAAAAACUAGAAAAAGGAGAUACGCCAAGAAAUCGAGAAUGUCGAAGCUGCUGUUUUACGUUUGCAUAGCUCUGCUCGUCGGAACCGUUAUAUCGGCAUCGACCGGCCAAAGACCGGGAAGCAGUGCUGGACCAACAUGCAAGAGCCACGGUGAUCCGUGCAACACGCAGAACGAGUGCUGCGCAAAUACAAGGUGCAACAAGUACGCUCACAGGUGUCAAGUGAUUAUAACCGAAGCAGAUCUGACCAAGAAGAAACCUAAUUAAUCGUUGAAAAUUAUUAUUUCCAAAUAAUGGUGACUUUCAU